AUGACCGGAGAGAAGCUGCGCUCGCUGCGCAAGGACCACAAGCCCAACAAGGAGGACGGGGACCUGCUGGGGCCCAGCGAGGAGGAAGCGGCGGCAACGCCUGGCGGAGGCGCCUUCACUAGCGCCCGGGCGGGAAGCGGCAAGGGCAGCCGCGGCUCGACCCACCGCAUCUUCACCAACCAUCACCGGCUGCCGCUGAAAGGAGGGCCCGGGGGCUCUUCCCUCGCCGCCUCCACCCUCGACCCCGUCAAGCCCCUCCCGAGCCCGCAGUUCCCCGUGCAUGAGUGCGUCUUCAAGGGGGAUGUGAGGAGGUUGUCGGCGCUGAUCCGCACGCAGGGCAUCGGCCACAAGGAUAAUCACGGGAAUACUCCUUUACAUCUUGCUGUGAUGCUGGGUAAUAAAGAAUGUGCUCACUUGCUUUUGGCCCACAAUGCUCCCGUCAAAGUGAAAAAUGCUCAGGGAUGGAGUCCUCUUGCAGAAGCCAUCAGCUAUGGAGAUAGGCAAAUGAUUACAGCACUCUUAAGGAAACUGAAGCAACAGUCUAGGGAAAGUGUUGAAGAAAAGCGACCUCGAUUAUUAAAAGCCCUGAAAGAGCUAGGUGACUUUUAUCUUGAACUUCACUGGGAUUUUCAAAGUUGGGUGCCUUUACUUUCCCGAAUCUUGCCUUCUGAUGCAUGUAAAAUAUACAAACAAGGUAUAAAUAUCAGGCUUGAUACAACCCUCAUAGAUUUUACUGACAUGAAGUGCCAACGGGGGGACUUAAGCUUCAUUUUCAAUGGUGAUGCUGCACCCUCUGAAUCCUUUGUAGUUUUAGACAACGAACAAAAGGUUUACCAGCGAAUACAUCACGAGGAAUCAGAGAUGGAAACUGAGGAAGAAGUUGAUAUUUUGAUGAGUAGUGAUAUUUAUUCAGCAACAUUAUCAACCAAAUCAAUCACCUUCACACGUGCCCAAACAGGAUGGCUUUUCCGAGAAGAUAAAACAGAAAGGGUGGGAAACUUUUUGGCAGACUUCUACCUGGUUAAUGGGCUUGUUUUAGAAUCAAGAAAAAGACGGGAACAUCUCAGUGAGGAGGAUAUCCUUCGGAAUAAGGCUAUCAUGGAAAGCUUGAGCAAAGGUGGAAAUUUGAUGGAACAAAACUUUGAGCCUGUCAGGAGACAAUCUCUUACCCCACCACCCCCUAAUACAAUUUCAUGGGAGGAAUACAUAUCUGCAGAAAAUGGGAAAGCACCUCAUUUGGGUAGAGAACUUGUCUGCAAAGAAAGUAAGAAAACUUUUAAAGCUACGAUAGCCAUGAGCCAAGAAUUUCCUCUAGGAAUUGAAUCGUUGUUGAAUGUUUUAGAAGUAAUUGCACCCUUCAAGCACUUUAACAAACUGCGGGAAUUUGUGCAGAUGAAACUUCCGCCAGGCUUCCCAGUAAAGUUAGAUAUUCCUGUGUUUCCAACAAUCACAGCCACUGUGACUUUUCAGGAGUUUCGCUAUGAUGAAUUCGAUGAAUCAAUUUUCACAAUUCCCGAUGACUACAAAGAGGACCCCAGCCGCUUUCCUGAUCUCUAAACUUAACUGGACAGUUAGCAGCGAAUAAAAGAAUACCAGCAUGCCUCAGACAACAAGAAAACCGAAGGACGUGGAUAGCUUAAGACCGAUGUCUGAAAGUUGGGAAAAUUGAAAAGAUAAAACUUAUUUAAAUGAAUUCAGAAAGGGA